AAUUCUGCUGUUGCAUCCUUUGGAAUGAGAGAUUCGGAGCACGCAAAACAUUUCUCUCUGUUUACCUUUAAGUUCUGGGUUUUCUUGGAUCUAACUUUUAGUAGGCGGAGUUGUCUUACAAAAACUGCAUCCGCCACAUCCCUGGCUAACGCACAGGGCUCCUUUCAGUAAAGGAAUGAAGAUGAAACCUCAUGUCUUAUUCUUUUUCUUACCAGCCAUAUGCUUAAUUUACACAGCCAAAGGGCAGAAAAAUAAGUUAAAGUCUAUGCAAUGCAACAGAAAGCUGACUUUUACCCAGAACACACCCUGUACUUCCUGUGCUGUAGCUAACAGAUUGGCAUGUCCGCUAGGGUGGAUAAAAACAAGCAGUUUGGCAGAAAAGGGCUGCAGAUAUACAGUACAGCUGGAAGAGAUUACACUUUCACUAUCAGGCUGUAGUCAUACUUGCAAAAAGGACAUUGAAGAGAAUCUCUGCUGCCCGGGAUACUGGGGUUCUGAAUGUUAUGAAUGCCCAGCUGGAUUUGGAAAACCGUGCAGUGGCCAUGGGACCUGUUUGGAUGGCAUAACAGGGAAUGGAAGUUGCAUCUGCAAGGACAACUAUGGAGGCUAUGCUUGCCAAGACUGCUGGGAUGAUACUCAUUUUGGCUCAGAUUGCCAAUCUGUAUGUGAGUGCCAGCAUGGAAUCUGCAACCAUGGGAUCUCUGGUGAUGGAGGGUGUACCUGCUAUGGUGGAUACACUGGCCCCAGAUGUGAUCAAGAAGAUCCUCUCUGUAGAAGCGUAUUCUGUGGUGAUAAAUCCCAUUGUGUGGUGAAGGAUGGGCAGGCAAGCUGUGAAUGUUCACCAGGCUAUAAGAAAUUUGGAACGAGCUGUCAAGUUCAAGAUCCUUGCAGGUCCUCUCCAUGCUCUUCAUUUGCUGUUUGCAAGACUCUUGGGGCAGCUAAGUAUGAAUGUACCUGCCAAUAUGGGUACCAAGGAGAUGGGAGAAUAUGCCAACCCAUAAACCCCUGUGUCAAUAAUAAUGGAGAUUGCCCAGAAAAUAGCACCUACUGUAAGUUCUUAAGUCCAGGAAAGUCAAUAUGCGUGUGUAAACCAGGAAUGACUGGUGUAAAUCCUGCAAUGGGCUGCACAUCUAACAGUGGAUGUCGGCUGUACCGCUGUGAAAAGAAUGCAAAAUGUGAAACAGGCCCUGAUGGGACUGCCAGAUGUGUCUGCAGCGAAGAUGAGAUUGGAGACGGCAGGGCAUGCUACAAAGCUAUUAUUCAUGACAUUGCUGAGCUGAAUAUGCGGGGAAGAACUCGCCAGAGACUAACCAGCGCAAAGUCAAUGUUUGAUUUAGGUUGUGCACUAUUGCUGGGAAAAUAUGGACCUUUCACAGUUCUUGUGCCAUCCUCUCCUGGUUUUCCUGAUCGAUCUCAGCACUUUGAUGCUACAUCUGCACACCAUUUAUGCAGAAUGCACAUAAUUCCUGGACAACAUUUGCUAGAGGAUAUGAUGAAAGCAAAGGUCCUGUGGACUUUGUCUGGACACCAAGUGAUCUUCAGUGACCAGCUUCGUAAGAGCUACAGUUAUUCAGAUAACCCAAAAGAACUAUAUACCAUCACAGACUACAACUAUCCAGCUUCUAAUGGCAUUAUACAUAUUGUCAGUGCUCUAAAGAAAACACCUUCAAUGGAGAACCUUGGAAACUCUCAGAAAACAAUUGGAGAGAUUCUUGCUUCUCUGGAAAUUGCCAGCCGAUUUGAAACCAUCUUAGAAAACUGUGGCCUGCCUUCAUUUCUGGAUGGUCCCGGACCGUUCACUGUGUUUGUACCAAGUAAUGAGGCAGUGGAUAAAUUAAGAGAUGGAAGGUUAAUUUAUCUCUUUACUAAGGGAAUAAACAAGCUCCAGGAACUUGUGAAAUACCAUAUCUACACAGCAGCAGUGGUGACCGUGGAGAGGCUAACAGUGAUGCCAAAUAUUAUGACCAUGGCGAAUCAGAUAUUGACGGUCAAUAUCACUGAGGAUGGAAGAUUUCUAUUGGGUGACUCUGGUGUUGCGAUAAACAAAAGAAAUAUUUUAGCAUCGAACGGUAUCAUUCAUACAUUGGAUGGCAUCUUGAUUCCUCAAUCAAUAAUCCCCAUUCUGCCUCACAAAUGUAAUGAACAGCUAUACAAAGCUGUAGCCGGAUCCUGUGUUGACUGUGAUGCCCUUAAUACAAGUGUUUGUCCACCACAAAGUACACCUAUGGAACAUGGGAUCUUCCCAGGGGAAUGUAUUUACAUCCACAAUCCUUUGAGCUUGAAUGUUCUGAAGAAAGGUUGCAUCAGAUACUGCAACCAAACUCUUACGAUUCCUGGAUGCUGCAAAGGAUUCUUUGGUCCAGAUUGUGCUGCUUGUCCUGGUGGAUUUACCAAUCCUUGCUAUGGAAAAGGGAUUUGUGCUGAUGGGAUCCGAGGGAAUGGCCAGUGCCGUUGCUUUGAAGGUUUCAAAGGAAUUGCCUGCCACAUCUGUUCAGAUCCAAACAAGCACGGGGAGAAUUGUGAUAAAGAAUGUGGCUGCGUCCAUGGAAUCUGUGAUAACAGACCAGGAAGCAGAGGAGUAUGCCAGCCUGGAUCAUGCAAAGCUGGAUACACUGGAGAAUUCUGUAACAGGAGCUCUCACAACUGUGGGCUUGCUGGUGCCUCUCUAAACUGUCAUCAGAAUGCUGUCUGCAGUCUGAAUGACACUGCAAGGUGUAUCUGCCUCGAUGGAUAUGAAGGGGAUGGGUUUUCCUGCACUCCUAUAGAUGUCUGCAGAAAUCCAGAACACGGAGUGUGUUCAGAAAACGCCAUAUGUACCAAUACAGGUCCUGGCACAGCUAAAUGCCAAUGUAACAAUGGUUGGACUGGAGAUGGAAAGGCCUGUGUUGCCAUAAACAACUGUGUAAUGGAGAACAGAGGAGGCUGCCACACCAAUGCUGACUGCCACUAUAUUGGUCCUGGACAGAACAGCUGUGAAUGCAAGAGAGGUUAUAAUGGUGAUGGUUUUAACUGCAACUUUAUUGAUCCUUGCUUGGUGAACAAUGGUGGCUGCCAUGACUUCGCUGUGUGUGAAUCUCUUGGAGCUGGGGACGUUGAUUGCAGUUGCCCUGAAGGAUACAUGGGAAAUGGAGAUAUAUGUUAUGCAGAUAUUAUGACGGAAUUAGCACGAAACUACCACUUUUCUAUGUUCUUUGACUGGAUCAAGGAAUCUCUCUUCAGCAUUCCAGAAGGAGCCAAUGUGACUGUUCUUGUGCCAGUUAAUACAGUCAUUGAAAAGCUAAACAACACAGAAAAAGAUUUAUGGUUAAAUCCUGAUGUGUUGCCAGUUGUCGUCAGGGCUCACUUCCUCCAAGGUUCUUUCAUGACUGGACAACUCAAGAAAUAUGUGGGCCAAGAACUACCCACCCUCAAUCCACAGGUCAGGUGGAAGAUAAACAUCCACAAUGGGACCUUGGUCAUUCAGAAUGCAAGGGUUGUAGCAGGUGACAUCCCUGCUAUUAACAGUACUAUUUAUAUUAUUGAUCAGGUUCUGUUACCACUACUUGCCGAUCGUCCCCCACAGCAUCCAGGUUUGCAGCAGCAACUUAACAUGACACUCUCCUUCAGUAGGUUCCAAAAGCUGCUUGAGCAUUAUCAGUUGAUUGGAGAGAUUGAGUCUUCUGAAAAAUAUACCAUUUUUGUCCCAGGAAAUAGUUCAGUUGAGAAAUAUUGCCAAGAAUUUAAUAUCACGCAAUUGGAUAAAGACACUGUGAAGUACCAUGUCAUACUCGGAGAGAAACUUUUUCCCAUGGAUCUGAAAAAUGGCAUUCACAAGAGCACAAUGUUAGGACUCUCCUAUUGGCUGAUGUUUUAUAAGAACACUACUCAGGCAUUUGUCAACAAAAUCCUCUUGGAUGGUCAGUUUUUUGAAACAAGAAAUGGAAUGUUGAUUGGGGUUUCUGAAAUUCUCCCAGUUCAGAAAAAUCGCUGUACUACCAAUACCACAACAGUACAAAAGUCAAGAUGUGCAAAAUGUAACAAAAAGUUCAAGUGCCCACGAGGAUCAGUGCUUUAUGAAUCAAUGCCAGAAAACCUCCCUCACUGUGAAUAUAAGUCUGGAAAGGAUAGAUUAGUUGGCUGUCAUUUCACCUGCAUGAAGGUUUCCUUAGUCUCAGUCUGCUGUGAAGGCUACUUUGGCCAAAUGUGUGAAAUGUGUCCAGGAAAACCUGGCAAUUGGUGUUCUGGAAAUGGGAUAUGCCAAGAUGGCAUAUCUGGCAGUGGAGAAUGCCAAUGUCAUGAAGGUUUCUAUGGUACAGCUUGUGAAAUGUGUCAGCCGGGAAGAUAUGGAGCAAGCUGUAAAGCAGAGUGCAACUGCAAGAACGGUACUUGCAAUGAUGGGCUUCUGGGAGAUGGGAGCUGUCUAUGUAACCCAGGCUGGAAGGGGAUCAACUGUGACAAAAAAAUUGAAACCGAUCUCUGCAAUGGCACUUGUGAUGAAAAUGCCAACUGCCUCAAUGGAUCUACUGCUUCAUGGCCCUCUUGCAUUUGUUCUGCAGGAUACACCGGGAAUGGAAUCUAUUGUACAGAAAUUGAUCCCUGUGCAUUGGGUAAUGGUGGCUGCUCUGUACAUGCCAUCUGUACUAAAGUUGCAGCUGGUCAAAGGAUCUGCAGUUGUAAAGAAGGCUAUGCUGGAGAUGGAAUCAUAUGCCGUGAAAUUGAUCUGUGCCUAGAAAACCAAGGAGGUUGCCAUCCCUAUGCAGAAUGUGUUAAAACAGGUCCCGGUCAGGUUGCUUGUAACUGUCUUCCCAACUACAGUGGGGAUGGUGUUAAAGAAUGUAAAUUCAUCGAUCCUUGCUCUAAGAGCAAAGAAGACUGCAGUCAACAGGGUUACUGCUUUAAGAACUCUAUUAAGAAUGAAAUAUGCAUCUGCGUGAUGGGUACUGGAGGUGUAUCUUCAUGCACACAAACAUCAUGGAAGGAGGAGUCUGUUGCCAGAGAAGCUGUUUCCCAGUUCUUUCAGUAUGCGAAGGCUUAUAACAUUAUCGACCUAUCAAAAGAUGGACAUUAUACUUUUUUUGUGCCGCUUGUCGAUUUCCAGUGGGAUAAUACCACACUUUUAGAAUGGAAAAAGGGUAGCAUCAAGGAUUUCCUUCUCUAUCACGUAGUCAUCUGCCAGCGCUUACUGUCAAAUGAUCUGGAAUUGCUUGAUUCCAUUACAACUCUAUCCGGACACAAAAUACAAGUUUCUACAAAAGAGGAUAGUAUAUAUUUAAAUAAGGAAGUGAAAAUAAUUGACAGUGACUUCGAGGGACCAAAGGCUGUUAUACAUUUCAUUGAUAAGAUUUUAAUUCCAAAUGAUAUGCAGAAUCAUGAUGUUUCAUCCAAUCUAUCAGAGAAAUCCAUCACAGAAGUUGCAGAAGCUUAUGGAUACAAAAUCUACAGCAAACUUUUAGAGGAGGCGGGACUUCUUCCGUUGAUUAAUGAACCCACUCACCAACCCUUCACCAUGUUUUGGCCAACUGAUGCUGCAUUUAAUUCACUUCCUGAGGAUAGGAAGAAUUGGCUGUACCACAAAGAACACCGAAGCAAACUGGCUGCAUAUCUCAAACAACUCAUGAUCAGAAGUGUUCAGGUAUUUCCUUCCAUUCUGAUACAGCAUAAAUUGCAUUUAACAACUAUGCAUGGAUCUACUAUCUCAUUUAGCUGCAGCAAAAACAGUCCGGGCUAUAUUCAGACAGACAACACGAAGAUUAUACACAGCUAUAUGGAAUUUAAUGUGGGUAUUGCUUACGGUAUUGAUCAGCUGCUGGAACCUCCAGAUCAGGGAGCCCGCUGUGAUGAGUUUCAUCCUGCUGUGAUUGCGGACUCUGAAUGUGGCUCCUGUAUAUAUCCCCUUCCAUGUCCUUUUAGAUCAGUUGAACAAGGACCUAUCAUGAGUUGCUUGUAUAAUGGACAUGUACCUUUAAGCAAACCAGUCCCACACGACAUUGUUGAAAGGAGGCCUUACUUCCCACAAUUCCAACUCAGAAGAAAUCUAUGGAAUCUUUUUACACGUAAGAAGGGGUGCAAGAGAAAAUGUGUUACCCCCAGGUGGACAUCCAAGUGCUGCAAAGAUCACUAUGGAAGAAAUUGUCAAGCAUGUCCUGGGGGGCUUGAAGCACUAUGCAGUAACCGUGGUGACUGUGACGAUGGGUUUUAUGGUUCAGGACAAUGCAUCUGCAAAGAGACAUUCACUGGUACAGCUUGUGAACUGUGCAUGCCAGGCCGAUAUGGGUUAGACUGCAAAGAAUGUAAUUGUACGGAGAAUGGGAUAUGCAACGAAGGAUUGCAUGGAGAUGGCUUCUGCUUCUGUGCUUCAGGAUGGACAGGAGAGCGCUGUGAAAUCCCACUAGCUGCGACACCCAAGUGUUCCCCAGCCUGCCAUCGUAAUGCCGUCUGUCGAUUUAAUAAUACCUGUGAAUGCAAUUUGCAUUAUGAAGGAGAUGGGAGGAUAUGCACAGUGAUUGACCAAUGUGGCGAUGAUAAUGGAGGCUGCAGUGACUAUGCAAACUGCACACAGAUUGGAACUGUUGUCUCCUGCGCCUGCUUACCAAAUUAUCAGGGGGAUGGCUUCUUCUGCAGUCCUGUUGACCGGUGUGCAGAUGGCAGCAACGGGGACUGCAGUGAACAUGCCACGUGCAUCAGCACAGGUCCUAAUACUCGGCGGUGUGAAUGCAAAGCUGGUUAUGUUGGAAAUGGAGUACAGUGCUUGGAGGAAGCAAUCCCACCUAUAGACCGUUGUUUAGAUGAGAAUGGGCAUUGCCACUUUGAGGCUAUCUGUACUGACCUUCAUUUCCAUGACAAAACAGCUGGCAUCUUCCACCUCCAGUCCCCCAAUGGAAAGUACAACUUUACUUAUCGAGAGGCUGAAGCCCGCUGUGCCGCUGAGGAAGCUACCUUAGCUACCCUUCAGCAGCUGUCUGCUGCACAGCAGAUGGGUUUCCACCUGUGCAUCGUGGGAUGGUUAUUUAACAGAUCAGCAGGUUACCCAACAGUGUACCCAAGUGCAAAAUGCGGCACUAACCACGUUGGGAUUGUGAAUUAUGGAUUUCGAAGUGACUCCAAUGAGACGUGGGAUGCUUACUGUUACAGACCUAAAGAUGUACGAUGUGACUGCAGGGAUGGGUUUAUUGGUGACGGUUAUACCUGCAUCGGGAGUCUACUGACAGUGCUGGAGCAGAAAGCAAACUUUUCAGUGUACUAUUUUAUGUUACUGGAUUAUGCUAACGCCACCCAAGAAGGACUGGAAUUUCUGGAUCUCCUUUCUGAUGACACCACUUAUAAAACCCUUUUUGUACCAUUGAACUCUGGCUUUAGAGAUAAUACAUCUUUAACAUUAAAUGACCUGAAGCUUCAUGUCUCAGUGGGAGAUGAGCCUCUCCUAAGCGUCAAUCUCACAUCUGGUACAAUUAUAUCUUCGCAAGCAGGAUACAGCCUUUCUAUUGCAGACUCCGUGAACAACACCCACUCUCUGGGUUCUAAGACAGUUAACAAUACUAUGAUUGUUGAGUGGGACAUUCUGGCUUCCAAUGGGAUAAUUCAUGCUAUUGAAACCCCAUUAAUGGUACCGCUUCAACAUGGGCAUGUUGUUCAGGUUUUGGGCGAUGUAAAAGCAUCUGCUUCUGCUGCAACCAUCGGCAUGAGUACUAUUGCUAUAGGGCUGCUAUGUGCAGCUAUUGCAGGAAUAUCCUACUACUGCCUCAGAAGAAAGAAUCAGGGAUUCCAGUUUCGCUACCUGAAGGCUGAGCUGGAAGAUGAAGAGCCGUUACCCUGGGAGGAAAGGAGCCCAGCCUUGGUGUCCAUCCCAAAUCCCAUCUAUGGAACCCACAGUUCUCUCUACGAUGAGCCAUUUGAAGAUUCUGCCAAUGGAGAAGACUUUUCAGAUACGCAUGGAAUUUUUGCAGAUCAGUAAGGUUAUUUGUAUUGCAGGAAGCCAGUGUUUCCCAGGAGCUUUUCCAUUCAGAAGGAACAGUAUGUGGCCUUGGUUGUCACAGACUGCUAUGAUGUUUUUAUGCAUCCAAUAGGAGCCAACUGACAAGUGACUGUUAGGUGAAUUGUGAUGCUCAUCAGCUUAGACAUACUUCUGUUCCAUUCCUCUUCUUCAAGACUUGGACUGAGUACUGAAAUUCAAAGAGGCACAUGCAUGGAGACUUCACCUAUUUUACCUUCUGAAUGCAGCACCUUGUGCUGUGCUAGAUGCUGCUUUGAAAGGUCUUUCAGUUUUGUGAAAUUGUUUAGAGGUGAACUGAGGAGUCGGAGGGGAAAGGGAUCCUUGAAAAGCCCUGAUGCAUACUCAAGAUCAUUUAUGGGCAUUUCUAUCAAUGAAUGUUUUUGUUCAGGAUACUGUGGAGAACACGCGGAAGGUCAGUAAAAAGCUUCAGAGCUGGGCAGUGUGAAUCAUUUUUCUCUGAAACUGGACUGUUUGGCCCUCCAUUGAACAUGUCUCUUCUGUGUUACACAAUUUGAAAUAAAAAUGCUACCUGUGAAUUGUAA